CAUCGGAUAUCUUCGAGAAAAAACAAAACAUUGGAGGAAGAAACCGUGUACUUCUGCGCAAAUCUUCCAUGCUAAGAAAGCAUCUGUAUCUGGCCCCAAGCAAACGUUGGUUGCUAUAUAAACCCCACCGUUAACUCCAAUCGGACACCGGAUUUCCCUUCCAACCAAACGGGACAAUCACCACGACCUAGAGCCGCUCCGUCUCCGUUCCUCCGCUUGUAGUCCACUACCCUCCAUCCAAGACCGAAGGCGCCGGAUGGCAGCGGCAUCCACCACAGACGGCGGCGUCGGGGCCAUCCUCACUGCCGGUGAGAGGGAUUACCUCGUCCGCAACUCCGGCGAGCAGGUGAAGAUCAGCAGCAUUGAGGCAGGCACUGUGGCUCUCUACUUCUCGGCCUCAUGGUGCCCGCCAUGCAGGCGGUUCACGCCGAAGCUUAUAGAGGCAUACAAAGAGCUUGCCUCACAGGGCAAGAGCUUUGAGGUGGUCUUUGUUUCAGGUGAUCAGGAUGAGGAAGCAUUCAAUGCCUACUUUGCUAAGAUGCCGUGGUUGGCAGUCCCCUUCACUGACUCUGAAGGUCGUAAAAGCCUUGAUGAGCGGUUUCAGGUCCGCGGUAUUCCACACCUUGUCAUCCUUGAUGCAAAAACUGGUAAAGUUUGUACUGAAGAUGGAGUCGAGUUUGUGAGUGAGUAUGGAAUAGAUGCUUAUCCUUUUACACCUGAGAGGAUCAAUGAAUUGAAGGAACAAGAAAAGGCAGCUAAGGAUAAUCAAACUAUUCAUAGUGUGCUUAGUACACCGACUCGUGACUACUUAAUUUCAAACAAGGGGGACAAGGUACCCAUCUCUGAUCUUGAGGGGAAAUAUGUUGGUUUGUGCUUUGUGGUGAGUGGUUAUGGUCCAGUUGAGGAAUUUACCACAGUGCUUGCCAAGAUAUAUGGGAAACUCAAAGAAGUGGGGGAAAAGUUUGAAGUUGUAGCUGUAUCCAUGGACAACGAUGAGGCAUCGUUCAAUGAGAGUUUUCAAAACAUGCCUUGGCUCGCCAUUCCUCAGGGUGACAAGAUGUGUCAGAAGCUGGUCAGUUACUUUGAGCUUAAUGAUCUUCCUACACUUGUGCUGAUUGGUCCUGAUGGAAAGACACUGAAUAGCAAUAUUGCGGACAUAAUUGAAGAGAAUGGUGUGGAGUCAUGGGAGGGGUUCCCCUUCAAUGCAGAGAAGCUGGAAAUUCUUGCUGAGAAGGCAAGGGCUAAAGCAGAGUCACAGACUUUGCAGUCCCUUCUGGUCACUGGUGAUUUAGACUUUGUCAUUGGGAAAGAUGGAGCAAAGGUUCCUGUGUCACAACUUGUUGGGAAGACUGUCCUCCUUUACUUUUCAGCUCAAUGGUGUGGACCAUGCCGAGCCUUCCUGCCUACACUUGUCGAUGUAUACAACAAGAUCAAGGAAAAGAAUAGUGACUUUGAGAUUGUCUUCAUCUCUAGCGACAGGGACCAGAGCUCCUUCGAUGACUUCUUCUCUGGCAUGCCAUGGCUUGCCCUUCCCUUGGAAGAUGAAAGGAAGGCAUACUUAAAGAAGAUGUUCAAAAUCCGUGGGAUCCCUUCUCUUGUUGCCAUCGGUCCCAGUGGGAAGACGGUCAACACAGAUGCGAAAGCCCCACUUGCAGUCCAUGGUGCUGACGCAUUUCCAUUCACUGAGGAGAAGAUCCAGGAGCUGGAGAAGAAUAUCGAUGAGAUGGCAAAAGGGUGGCCUGAGAAGCUGAAGCAUGAGCUGCACAAGGAGCAUGAGCUUGUUCUGACACGCCACCGCAGGCCAUUUGGCUGUGACGGUUGUGAUGAAAUGGGCAAUUCUUGGUCCUACUACUGUGCGGAAUGCGAUUUUGAUCUGCACACUUCGUGCGCGCUGGGUGAGAAAAAGAAGGGCGAGGAGGAGAAGGGGCAUGAUGCUGAGGCUGCCCCAGCUGGGUACGUAUGCGAGGGAGACGUUUGCAGGAAGGCAUAGACUUAUUAGUACUGUUUUUCCUUGCUAGCUGAAGCACGUAUCUGAAUCACGUGCUUGUGGUGUGAUAAUAAAUAUGCAUCCGAUGGUUAUCUUUUUUAACCGGCAUCCGAUGGUUUUGCUUGGGAGUUAUCGUGAAGACAUUUGUGUGCGUCUAAACUAUGAUUUCAGGGUGUUGAAUGAAGUGGCUUGAUCUGUAUGUUGUGAAGCAAUGCAAGUACCUGUGAACAUUUCUGAGUAAAUCAAUGCAUCCUUCAUCUCA